GAGAGAGGGCAGUCCACUGGUCUAACUGUAGAAGAGCAUUAACACCAGAUCUUAUCUGUCGUCUUCCUGUCUAUCUCUUGAUCGUUAAAAGCAGCCAAUCAGAACCAGUGAAGAUGACGACCUGUGGCCCCAUGACGAAGAGCCUGCUGCUGCUGGCUGUGGUGGUCGCUCUGACCGGACAAGGAUCUGCAGUACCUCAGAAGUUCUCUAAAUGCUGCGAAAGGGUGAGCAUAAAGCAGAUCACUGAAACCAUCGUGGACUACAUGGUGCAAAAGAAAAACAAACCCUGUGUCAAUGCCGUCAUUUUCAAAACAGAGAGCGGUAAAACGUUGUGCUGCAAACAUGAUGCGCCCUGGGUGAAGACGAAGGUCGGGGAGCUUGAGCUGAACAAAAGAUUAGCAUUGGCCUCAACCCCUCCCUCCUGAAGCUCAUCACGUCCAGCUCCUCUCCUCCACCAUUGGAGUGGACCACCGCCACGCCCUCAACGCAUUAUACCGUCCAAUAGAAAUGC